AUAUCUGUACGAGCUAACUCGCACCAGCGACCCAAGAUGUCAGCGUUCUUGAGGCUGAAACUGUCUCAGAUGAUAAUGAUGAUAUUUGUUUUUUAUUUAAUGAUUUUAGAAUGUUUGAGCCCAGCUCACGCAUUAUCAUCGUUUAGAACGCCUAGUUAUUCUACAAAGACUCCGUACUUUUGGGUUAACGACGAAAAGGAAACAAUAGCUCUUGAUUCGGAGACGUGGUUUGAGUAUGGAGAAAAGACAUGCCAAAUUAUACAUUUAAACGCCGUCUUUCGCCACGGUGCAAGGUUUCCUAGUCUGAAAUGGAUCAAAAGAAUGACUAACCUGCAUAAAAAGUUGGUAGAAAAUGGCGUGGACGAACAAUAUCCUUUUCUAAAGGCUUGGAAAAACCCCUUUCCUGAGAAGAGUGACAAAAUCAUAGCUGAAUUAGGCGAACAAGAACAAGAAAUGUUGGGCGAAAGGUUUGCUCACAGAUUUAAUUUACUAUUUGAUGAAGACAUGGAUAGUAUUCGAGUUGUGUCUUCUAGUAAACAAAGAAGCUAUGCUAGCAGUCUAUCAUUUUACACUGGAUUGUCACAAACUGUUUUUGGGGAAGCAGACAAGACAAUGGAACCAACAGUAAACGAUAUUGAAAUGAGAUUUCAUGACAAUUGUGUUCAUUUUGCUGAAUCUGUAGACAAAAAUAAAACAGCAACCAAUGAAUACUCAAAAUUUAAAUAUGGACCAGAAGUAGAUGUGAUUGCCAAGAAGCUGACAGAUGUUCUACAUUUACCCGAGAAAGCUGCUGUAACACCAGAUGAUCUGAAUACAAUUCACCAGUUGUGUGCUUUUGAGGAGGCUUUGACUGACACAGGGUCAGAGUGGUGUCAGUUUCUGGACCAGGAAAGUCUGGAGGUCAUCCAGUACAUGAACGACCUGAAGCAAUAUUGGAAAAAGAUGUACGGGCAUGACAUUUCUUCUGCCAUGAGUUGUCCUCUCUUGAGUCGUAUUUUUACCACACUGGAUAAAGUGAUUCAGGCCAACAAUGCUGAUGAUGACUAUGCCGCGGCUGAGUUUGGAUUUGGUCAUGCGGAGACUCUGGCUCCUCUCUAUGCUUCUCUCGGACUUUUUAAAGAUGAGCCACAGCUAAAGGCAGACAAUUUCAAGCUCCACCUCAACAGGAAGUUCCGUGCCAGCAGAGUGCUGCCGUUCUCAGCUAAUUUCGCCAUGGCGUUGUACCAGUGCGACUCAGGAGAAGACAACAAUGACUACCUAGAGUAUGUUGUCAAGUUUUAUGUAAACGAAAAAACAGUAGACAUUCCAGCAUGUGGGAAACAAGUGUGUCCUUAUAAGGAAGUCAGGGAGUUCUACAAGAAUCAAGUGGAUAACUGCGAGUUCCACAAAAUGUGUAGAAACCCUGAGCCAAAAGAAAAUUCAGAGCACAAUGAGCUAUAACAAAUGCUUCAUAUCGACAAUACAGAAUGCGAGGAGGUCAUUGAACGGUGCUGAAACUCAGGAUACAUACCACAUUACAUGGAGCAAUUAUAUUGCUUCAUUUGAAAUACAUACUAGAUAUUCAUCAUCUCUGUGAUAAUCAUAGUAUUUUUACGAAGUCAUUAAAUAAUGACAAAGUUCCAGUAGUAUUAAAAGCCCAAAAGAUGAUAACUCAUAAUUUUCAGCUUUUUUGGGGAGUAGGUUCAGCCCAAUCAGCCAUCUUUUAUUUUGAAACCUUCUACUACGUGUACUUUGUCAUUCCUCGUCUCCAUAUCAGCUGAUCAUCAUUCGUCUUGUUGAUAUCAGACCUUAACCUUUAACCCUUUUCUAUGCUGUUUAUUAGUAUUAUGAACGGACAAUGUUUUAAAUAAUAAGACCCUAAAGAACCUCUGAAAAUAGCCUCUUACAAUAUGAAGCUACAUCUAUUUGCAUGACACAGGAAUCUAAAUUGAAUUUGUUACAUUAUGUAGUUGUUUCAGUGCAUAACUGUCUAUAGAUCUGAUGUUUGAUAAUGACAUGAACAAUGAUGGUUGUGUACUUUGGAAUACAGUAUAAUCAGGGUUUUUUUCUGCAAGGGGCUAAAUUUGCAAUAUUGUAUUAAAUACAGAAAAAUGUGUAGAAUAAAUAGUGUGUGUUUCAUCAGUCCAGAAAGUGAUAAAAAUAAAACUGCACAAAUACAAAUCCUUGAUUCGAAUGAAAGCCAAAUACAUGUGUAUGUUCACAAAUGAAUUGAAAAGGUAAUAGUAAAAGCAGUUUGUAUCUGGUUGUGUGUACCAAUCUCCUUCACUUCUACAUAACUGAAUGCCUGGUAAUGAUCAACAUUAACAAGUUAUUCAUUAUUUAUAAGCACAAGUUGUGCAAUGGUUGUAAACUAUGGUUAUGUUUUAAAAAUUUAAGAGUAUUGAACUUAUUUUCAGAAUUUUUCGUACUCUCACUUAAUUUUUGUCAUUAUUCCUGUGUACAUGGAGAAUUGUGUAGAGAAAUUCCUGAUUGAAUAUUCUUGAAAUGAUUUUAAUCUUCUUCUUUUUUUUUUUUACAUACAUUGUUAUUUGUUUUUAGAUGAUUUAAUUUAAUGUUUUAGAAAACGGUUUACUGUUUAAUUUUGUUUAUACAAUUUGAAGAUGUUGCAUUUUAUUGAAUUUAAAGUUACAGAGCAAUUUUUUGCAAUGCUAGAAGGAUAAAUUAUCUACAAUCUG